UGAGAAGAAUGUUCGUAGGUAUUUUAAUAGUGUUGACUGAUUCGUACACGUGUAUGUUCUGUAAAAAAAAAAAUAUAAAAAUCAUAAGUGUUGAUUAAUAAUUAUUAUUGUCGAUCAGUAAUGGAUAACAGAAAAAUGAGUAAGAAACGUAGACGAAGGGAUUUUAAUGGUGAAGUAAGCGGAGGAUCUACUGGAUCUUCACAAGAAUCUAUUACAGAUAAAUCUUGCCCUCAUCUGAACAAAGCAUUCAUUUUUAAUAGUAUCAAAAAGCAUACAAAAAGGACUGGCAUACGUGCUGAAUGUUUAACUUGUAAAAAGGAAAAGACUUUAAUGGAACAUACAAAUGAGACAGAACAGUCGGAUGUUGAUAUUUGGAUAUGUUUGCUGUGUGGCGAACAAAAUUGUGGAAUAAAAAAUGAGCGACAUUCUCAAAAGCAUUAUGAAAAGCCUCACAGUGAUAGUCACUAUAUUGCAAUAAAUAUAAAUGAUUGGAAUAUAUGGUGUUAUAGAUGCUCCAAAGAAAUAACCCUCGAGCACAGAAGGAAGACGGAGUUAGUAGAUUUUAUACAAAAAUCUUUAUUGAAAUCACCAACAACUUCUCAACAAACCAAAGCGACUGCAGCUAAGAAUCAAAAAGUAAUAAAUAAUGUAAAUAAUGUAAAUAAUGUAAAUAAUGUAAAUAAUGUAAAUAAAGAUAAAGAGAAAGGUCUAAACAACUUGCCGAAAGUUAUGGGUUUACAUAAUUUGGGAAACACCUGUUUUUUCAAUGCUGUACUUCAAUGCUUAGCAAGAACACCAUACUUAGUUAAAGUAUUGGAUGAUUUAUGUACACCAGGAGAAAAAAUUAUUCUACCUGGAGGAAAAUUUAAACCUGACCCUAAUGGAGACGAAAUAGAAUUGCCACCUAUAGAGGGUGAAUUAGAAGGAGGUGGUCAGUUUACCUCGAUUCUGUGUAAAACAUUAACAGAAAUGCAAAAUUGUACUUCCCAACAGUCAUUUAGUCCACAAGAGCUUCUAAAUACAUUUAAGAAAAAAGCUAUGCAAUGUAUGGACGGUGGACAACAUGAUUCUCACGAAUUACUUAGACAUUUAUUAGAAUUAGUACGGAAUGAAGAUGUCAGGAGGUACCAAUCCGUUAUAAUGAAAGAACUUCGUUUAAGUAAAAAAACAAUACCGGAAACUGUUGAAAAUAGCAUAAAAGCAAAAGUGAAAUUCUAUGGUAAUCAAGUAAAUACAAAAUUACUUGGUCCAGAACCAGUGUUUAUGGGUGUUUUAGUAUCAACUUUGGAAUGUAUGAAGUGUAAUCAUUCUUCACAAUGUACUGAACCAUUUCUAGACUUGAGUUUACCAGUUGCAGCGGAUAAGCCACAACCUCCUGUAUUUAAAAGAAAAAAUAACGGUUUAGAUGAAACUUUUGAUAUAACGGGUAACAGUUAUCCUAAUACUGUAUCAAAACAACAAUUAAAAAAGGAAAGAAAGGCUUCUAGAAAAAAUAGAAAAAAUAGAAAUAUUACUGCUGACUAUUACUACAAUGAUAUAAUAAAACAUAAUAAGAUUAUUGAAGAAAAUGGUGUAUUAGAAUCAGAGAGCGAUGCAGACAUAGAAGAUAAUGUAGAAGGUGAGAAUACAAUGGCAGAAGUUGGAGAAUCUGGAUAUAGUUCAGAGAAAGCUUCAGCUGUUGUUAGUCCUAUAUCUCCUACCAACAAUCAAAUUGAUAAUCAAAGGAGAACGUCAUCUGAAACUCUUAAUGUAUCUAGAAAGAACAGUUUAGUUUUAAAAUCAAUAGAUAAUUUGAAGACUCCUUUAAAUAACGAUACCGUUACUGUCAGUGCCUUAAACAAUUCUAAUCCAUCUGACGUAUCAAUGGCAGAUAUAACAAAGAUACGACUUUCUUCGGAAGCUGAAAAAAUUGAAAAUUUAGAAAGUAAUGAAAAUGAGAACAAUGGACGCACAGAACUAUCUCAUUCCACAUCUAUAAUAAUUCAUUCUGAAUUAACUAGUCCUGAUGUUUCAACUGUGAGUCCUUUAAGCAGUUCUAUAACAUCAAAGGAUAGUCCUAUGAGUCCGUUGUCUAAUAUGCCAAAUGGAGAUGAAGGUGAAGAAAUAGAUAGGCUACUCUCUGGAUUAGAUAAAACUGAUUCUAGUACAAAUAUAGAAACAUCAUCAGCUUCAAUUGUUAAAACGAAGAAAGAAACUUUUACGAUCGAACAUAAUGAAAAACAGUCGAAAAAUUGUAAUUCAGAAAAAGAAGUUAACGUUGGUAUUAACGAUAUAACAUCUGGACUUUCACGAUUGGGUAUAACAAAUAGUACACAUCAUUCUCCAACAAAAUAUCCUAGAAAAGAAGAAGAAUAUUCGAUAGGAUCGUGUUUAAAUCAAUUCACGACAUUAGAACUUAUGAGUGGCAGUAACGAAGUAGGAUGUGAACAAUGCACUGAAGCAGAGAAAAAGAUUAAAGUAAACUGCACAAAAAUGAUAUGCACGCCUCACACCAAGCAGUACCUUAUAUCACGUGUUCCACCGGUCUUGAUUUUACAAUUAAAAAGAUUUCAAGCGCAAAGAGUUACUUUUCGUAAAGUGACAAGGCGUGUCGCAUUUCCACUUGUAUUUGACUUAUCUCCAGUUUGUAAAAAUAGUAGGAAACAACGAUUCUAUGCUCUUUACGGCGUAGUUGAGCAUUAUGGUUCAACGAUAGAUGGAGGUCAUUAUAUUGCUUAUGUCAAAACAAGAGCACCAUUAAGUUCAAAUGAUCCACGAUGGUCGUUCUUACCUAGAAAAGAUGCCAAAGAUGUUGUCGAGGAGAUAUCUAACGAUAAAAAUCCUGAAUUAGAAGAAGCAACAGCCAAAAUCGCGGAUACAAUACCACCGCCACCUCCAGGCAAAUGGUAUUCUGUUUCCGAUGCACGAAUAAUAGAAGUUGAUGAAUCUACUGUACUCCGCUGUCAAGCUUAUCUCCUAUUUUAUGAAAGGAUUCUCUGAAAAUUAUUUAUUAAUUUAAAAAUCUUGAACUUCGUUUAGAAACUAAUGUUUCCGUGAACUUGAUAUAUAUAUAUAUAUUAUAUAUAU